AUGAACGACAAAGCAAUCGCGGAGAUCGAAGCUUCCGUAGAUCCAAGUGGGACAGCAAGCCCUGGCAGGCUGUCUCGUCAGACCAGCAUCACUAAGACCAACUGUCUUUGCUCACCGACCACUCACCCGGGAUCAUUCAGGUGCAGACUACACCGAACUCCUUCGCUACAACGUACCAAGAGCGUUGAGACUACAAGCAUACUUCAAGAUCCUAUUGCUAAGCAAGAUGAUUCUAGCACCGGAGACGAAGCUGCUAAGUAG